AUGGUGAGGAUAAGCAAAGGGCGUAAAAAAAUCACUAUGACCAAAAUGCAAAAUGAGAGCAACCUUCAAGUUACCUUCUCCAAGAGAAGAACUGGAUUAUUUAAGAAGUCCAGUGAACUGACUACACUUUGUGCUGCUGAGAUGUUGGUUAUCGUCUUCUCUCCGGGGAAGAAGGUGUACUCAUUCGGUCACCCAAGUGUUGAGGAAUUGGUUGAUCGAUUCAUGGGUACUCAUGGCUUGUCCUCCGGGCUUUCUCAUGAGACCCAACAACUAGUGGAGGCUCACCGGAUGUCUAACAUAAGGGAUAUGAAUACUCGACUCAUGGAGGUUCAGGAACAAUUGGAGGUGGAGAAAAGGCGUGGGGAGGCGGUGACUCGAGCCUUGCAGCAUGGAAGGGAACAUAGGUGGUGGGAGGGUUCAAUUGAGAAGAUGACAUAUCUUCAACUUGAGCAGCUCAAAGGGUCUCUCGAGAAUGUGAAGGCCAUGGUUGCUCAAAACAUAUCGGAGGUUUCCAACCCGCUUCAUUUGCUUGCAGCUACUAGUGGACCACCUAGUUAUCUUUAA